GCUCCUCUCCCCUCCCUGCACCAACCAGAUCUCUUUUCCUCCUCUCCGCAACCAUGGCCAUGUCGACACCUUCCUUCUCCUCUGCCCCGUUUCCUCCCAACUCUAUAUUCAUACACCAAAUCGCGGUAGCUAGCUAGAUACGUAGUUCUUCUUUGGCCGGCCACCGUAACUUGCCAAGUGCCUAACAGCCCAAGUAUAUAGUCAUAUACAGGGUAUAUACAGAGAAAGAGACGAUGAUGGGAACGAAGAGCCAGGGGAGCACGGUGCCUUCGCGUCACCCGAUGAGGAGGACCACGAGCAUGACCGAGUUCGCUCCGCCGGACGUGCUGGCGGACGUGGCCGAGGAGGCUGACGAGGAGUCGGAGCUGCAGGUGCUCGAGGAGGCUGCGGAGGAGGUAGCCUACGGGUGGGUCGGCGGCGCGGCCGCUAAGAGGGCGGACUGGCUGGCAGCGUACCGUGCCCGCGCGGCGCCGGCGCUGGUGGCCCACCGGCGGAACUCCGCCGACUUCUCGGCCGUCGAAACCGCCGCGUUCCUCCGCGCCUGCGGCCUCUGCAACCGCCGCCUCGGACCCGGCCGUGACACCUUCAUGUACAGGGGGGACACCGCGUUCUGCAGCCUGGAGUGCAGGGAGCAGCACAUAACGCACGAGGAGUGGAAGGACAAGUGCGCGCUCGCCACCUCGAAGCCGACGCCGGUCAUGGCGGACACGGUGGCGCUGGCGAGCGCCAGCUCAGACAAGCCCUCCGCUGAAGGAACGCUCGCCGCCGCCUGAGACGAGGAUGGGCUAGCUGUUAUAGCUGGAAUCAGUCGUAUAUCUCGUCAACCUGUCUGCGCAUGCCAACGGGUGAUGGGUUGCGUAAGUUGUACGCCCAUAUAUAAUCUGCCGGAUGAGCAGUUGUAAUGUGAAUAUGUGAUCUGAGGGCAUGGGCACUCGCUCAACCCUGCAUUUUGAUUACGCCGGCCUUAUGCUUUAUGAAAUCAUCGGGCCCUAAAUACUUGUCACGGAUUUAGGGAGUACUAGUUUUUGAGAA